CAGGAGAGUCGGACGAGGACCAGGGCCCCGGGCCUUCCCACCCUCCCUAUGGAGAAGCCAGCUGCCUCAACGGAACCCCAAGGGCCUCGGCCCGCCUUGGGCCGCGAAAGUGUCCAGGUGCCCGAUGACCAGGACUUCCGCAGCUUCCGGUCAGAGUGUGAGGCCGAAGUGGGCUGGAACCUGACCUACAGCAAGGCCGGCGUGUCUGUGUGGGUGCAAGCUGUGGAGAUGGAUCGGACUCUGCAUAAGAUCAAGUGCAGGAUGGAGUGCUGCGACGUGCCAGCUGAGACGCUCUACGACGUCCUGCACGACAUAGAAUACCGGAAGAAGUGGGACAGCAAUGUCAUUGAGACUUUCGACAUCGCCCGCCUGACUGUCAACGCCGACGUCGGCUAUUACUCUUGGAGGUGUCCCAAGCCUCUGAAGAACCGUGAUGUCAUCACCCUCCGUUCCUGGCUCCCCAUGGGCACUGAUUACAUCAUUAUGAACUACUCAGUGAAGCAUCCUAAAUACCCACCUCGGAAAGACUUGGUCCGAGCCGUUUCCAUCCAGACGGGCUACCUCAUCCAGAGCACGGGGCCCAAGAGCUGUGUUAUUACCUAUCUGGCCCAAGUGGAUCCCAAAGGCUCCUUACCCAAGUGGGUGGUGAAUAAAUCAUCUCAGUUCCUGGCUCCCAAGGCCAUGAAGAAGAUGUACAAGGCCUGUAUCAAGUAUCCCGAGUGGAAGCAGAAACACCAGCCACACUUCAAGCCAUGGCUGCACCCGGAGCAGAGCCCGCUGCCCAGCCUGGCGCUGUCAGAGCUGUCCGUGCAGCAUGCGGACUCCCUGGAGAACAUCGACGAGAGUGCCGUGGCAGAGAGCCGCGAGGAGCAGCGAGCAGGUGGUGCGGGUGGAGAAGGCAGUGAUGACGACACCUCACUCACCUGAGUACAGCCCCUCUGCAAAGACGGAGACAGGACUGGGGCUGAGCCCUGGGGCACUGGGCCUUCUGCACUUCCUCCCUUCCCCCACCUGCCUUCUGGGGGCACUGGGCUCCUGCUCAGGUGGCUGUGGCCUGACUGGACAUGGCCCCAAUAAACAAACCACACAGCCCCA